GGGACAUGUAGAUGAGGCUUGAUCAUUCAGAGCUCUAUAAGUGAGGACCAAGACCUCGAAGUGUCCUCUGGAGUAGAUAGGGGGCCACUGGAGCUGGACAAGUAACAUGACAAGAGACAUGAGACAACUUCAUCAGAAGCCUGGCAGCAGCGUUCUGUACAAUCUGCAGAGGGAUGCGAAUAAUGAACAAGAAAAGCAUGAAUAACAUUUCCAGCUCUGUUCCAGAGAUAAUUCUUAGCUUAGCAAUAAAUGAUGAAAACAUGAGCCAACCAGAGGCUGAACGUGAUCCUCUAAUGCGGGGAUCACCAACUCCAGACCUCCUGCAUCCUGCAGGUUUUUAAUGUGUCCCUGCUGCACCUGGUUCAAACUAAAUGUUCAGCACCAGCUUGUUGCCAAGGUCUGCACCAGCAUCUUCACCACCCAUUAUUAGAGCAGGUGUGCUGCAGCAUGGACAGACUGAAAACCUGCAGGACACACUGGCUCAAGAGGUCUGGAGGUGCUGAUGCCUGAUCGAAAGUAAAAUUCACCCCAAGAUUCCUGAUGGAAGAGGCUAACGGACCACGAGUUUCCAUUAUUAGAGUUUUAUGCUUUUCAGGUGCACACACAUUAAUUUAAUAUACUUAAAUCUUCAUAUUUACAUUCUGCAGACUAAAGAUGGACGGAAGGGUGACGCCUCAGGGUUGCCCAAGACUACAGACCUGUCAGCUGUCCAGCAUGUCAAGAAUGCUAGGAAACCAGAGGACAUCAGGAGACAAAGAGUUCAAGAACUCCAGGAAAAGCAGAAACAGUCCAGAGAGCGUGAGAUGAUGAAGAGAAGAAAUAUGCACAGCUUUCAAAACGACAUCCUACAGCGACAACGAGAGUUUGAGCAGAAGGAGGCAGAGAUGCAGAAUUUAGAGAAACGUGUCAACUUUGAAAAUUCCAGAAAAGCGUAUUACAGGGAAUUUAAAAAGGUGGUGGAGGCUUCAGACGUCAUUCUGGAGGUUUUGGAUGCACGAGACCCUCUGGGCUGCAGAUGUCCUCAGGUGGAGCAGGCAGUCAUCCAAAGUGGAACCAACAAAAAGAUCGUUUUAGUCCUCAAUAAGAUCGAUUUGGUGUCAAAGGAAAUUGUGGAAAAGUGGAUUAAGUAUCUUCGUAAUGAGUUUCCCACUGUAGCUUUCAAAGCAUCGACUCAGCAACAAACAAAGAACUUGGUAAGUAGUGAAGAUAUGAUGCCAGUGACACAAGCCACCUCAGAGCUCCUGAGCAGCAGCGCAUGCGUUGCCGACUGCCUCAUGAAGCUGCUCGGCAACUACUGCCGCAACCAGGAUUUAAAGACGGCCAUCACUGUCGGUGUUGUAGGUAAGCACCAGUUGGGAAAGAGCACUUUGAUCAACAGUCUGAAACGGGCGCGGGUGUGUAGCGUUGGAGCCACUCCUGGUGUCACAAAGUGUCUUCAAGAAGUCCAUUUGGACAAACACAUAAAGCUCCUAGAUUGUCCCGGCAUCGUCAUGGCAACAUCAACAACUGAGGUUAUGAUUCUUCAUAACUGUGUGAAAAUCGAGCAGCUUGUAGAUCUACUGCCACCUGCUGAAGCCAUCCUUCGACCCUGUAACAAGGCACAGAUCAUGGAGCAUUAUGGCUUUCCAGACUUUCAGACAGCUCUGGAGUUCUUGGCAUUGCUUGCUCGACGGCGAGGCAAACUAAGGAAGGGAGGCCUGCCCGCUAAGGCCGUUCUGAUGGACUGAACAGGACACUCACACCCUCCACACACACACACCAGUUCUGAGAUUGUUACAGAGAUGGGUAAAGCCGUUGACCGGGAUGAGCUGGAAAAAGGAAAUCAGGACGUUCUAGAAGACGACAAAAAAGAGAAACAACAGCGGAAACCGAAAAAGCUCAGUCACUCCUGGAUCUGA